CGGCAGUAUCCACGAGCGGCGGCUCGUCCGCGGCAGGCAGCCUGGUUCGCAAUCUCUCCCCGUUUCCUCGUUCCGGCUUGCAGUUCUCGGCGGCGGCGCUCUUCUCCGUGCCGGCGGACGGGCGCGGAGCUCGUCCAUUAUUAUUAUUCCUCCCUCUCCUCCUCCUCCUCCUCCUCCUCCAGCCCUCUGGUGUUUCCCCGGCCGGCUCUAUGGCUCUGUGCAAUGGAGAAGCCAAGUUGGAGAAUGCUGGAGAAGAUCUCAAGGAUGGUCUGUGCCGCUAUGAGGGAGCUGUAGUAAUACUUGAUGCUGGUGCUCAGUAUGGGAAAGUUAUAGAUCGCCGAGUCAGAGAACUGUUUGUCCAGUCAGAGAUCUUCCCUCUGGAAACUCCUGCCUUUGCCAUCAAAGAACAGGGAUUUCGGGCUAUCAUCAUAUCUGGAGGACCCAAUUCCGUUUAUGCAGAGGAUGCUCCCUGGUUUGACCCAGCAAUAUUUACGAUAGGCAAACCUGUUCUUGGAAUCUGCUAUGGCAUGCAGAUGAUGAAUAAAGUAUUUGGAGGUACAGUGCACAAAAAAGAUGUUAGAGAAGACGGAGUCUUCAGCAUUACUGUAGAUAACACGUGUUCACUGUUCAGGGGACUCCAGAAGGAAGAGAUUGUUCUCCUCACCCAUGGAGACAGUGUAGAUAAAGUAGCAGAUGGAUUCAAAGUUGUUGCACAAUCUGGAAGUGUUAUAGCUGCUAUAGCAAAUGAAUCUAAAAAACUGUACGGAGCACAGUUCCAUCCUGAAGUUAGCCUUACAGUGAAUGGAAAAGCGAUGCUGAAAAACUUCCUUUAUGACAUUGCCGGCUGCAGUGGCACCUUCACAGUUCAAAACAGAGAACAGGAGUGCAUUCGAGAUAUCAAAGAGAAAGUAGGGUCAUCAAAAGUCCUGGUUUUACUCAGUGGAGGUGUGGACUCCACUGUGUGUACAGCUUUACUCAACCGAGCAUUAAAUCAAGAGCAGGUGAUAGCCGUGCACAUAGAUAAUGGAUUUAUGCGCAAGAGGGAAAGUCAAUCUGUGGAGGAGGCACUCAAGAAAUUGGGAAUUCAAGUCAAAGUGGUAAAUGCCGCUCAUUGGUUCUACAAUGGUACAACAACUCUGCCCAUCUCUGAGGAAGACAGAACUCCACGAAAAAGGAUCAGUAAAACACUUAAUAUGACUACAAGUCCUGAGGAAAAACGCAAAAUUAUUGGCGACACCUUUGUGAAGAUUGCUAAUGAAGUUAUUGGAGAAAUGAACCUGAAGCCGGAGGAAGUCUUCCUUGCUCAGGGAACCUUGCGGCCUGACCUCAUUGAAAGUGCAUCUGUUGUUGCUAGUGGCAAAGCAGAAGUCAUCAAGACUCAUCACAAUGACACAGAGCUCAUAAGAAAGUUAAGGGAAGAGGGCAAAGUAAUAGAACCACUGAAGGAUUUCCAUAAGGACGAAGUAAGAAUACUUGGGAGAGAACUAGGUCUGCCCGAAGAGCUGGUGUCAAGACACCCAUUCCCAGGUCCUGGCCUUGCAAUCAGGGUAAUAUGUGCCGAAGAACCAUACGUUUGCAAAGAUUUCCCUGAAACCAACAACAUUUUGAAAAUCAUAGCAGACUUUUCUGCAAGUGUUAAAAAGCCUCACACACUGCUGCAGAGGGUCAAAGCUUGUACAACUGAGGAAGACCAGGAGAAAUUGAUGCAGAUCACAAGUCUACAUUCAUUGAAUGCCUUCUUGCUGCCAAUUAAAACUGUGGGAGUACAGGGUGAUUGUCGUUCCUACAGCUACGUUUGUGGAAUCUCCAGUAAAGACGCUCCACACUGGGACUCCCUUAUGUUCCUUUCCAGACUCAUACCACGCAUGUGUCACAACAUCAACCGAGUUGUCUAUGUAUUUGGCCCGCCAGUCAAAGAACCUCCCACAGAUGUUACUCCCACGUUCCUGACAACAGGUGUCCUCAGCACAUUGCGGCAAGCUGAUUUCGAGGCACAUAAUAUUCUCAGGGAGUCUGGUUAUUCUGGAAAAAUCAGCCAGAUGCCAAUAAUCUUAACACCAUUGCAUUUUGAUCGAGAUCCUCUACAGAAGCAGCCUUCCUGUCAAAGAUCAGUGGUUAUUCGAACCUUUAUUACUAGUGACUUCAUGACCGGUAUUGCAGCAACUCCAGGCAAUGAAAUACCAGAAGAGGUUGUGUUGAAAAUGGUGACAGAGAUCAAGAAAAUUCCUGGCAUCUCCCGGGUGAUGUAUGACUUGACUUCAAAACCACCAGGAACAACUGAGUGGGAGUAAUUAUUUCCCCACCCCACCCCAAUGAAAGUACUGUAUGCAGUUUUAAAUUAUAUCAGAAACCAUUCCCCAGUGUUGACAUGCAGUGCUGUGAAACGAGUGACUGGAGCUGCUGCUACAUCACAUGUGAUUUUUUUUUCUCUCUCUCUCUCUCUCUCCUGGAGCAUAAUCCACAAAUUAAGAGUGAUGAUGUUGGGUGGGGGGCGGGAGGGAGGGAGGGAGGGAAGUAAAGUAAGUGGGGCUGAGGAUACGUACGGGUAAAUAAUUAGGGCAGUGUUGCCUAUUGUGCAGAUAGAUCCAUAUUGCUUUGCCUUUUGGGGAGGGGGGAGGGCCUUAUUGGCUCUUCCCGUUUUUCAUGUGUUUUUACCGUUACGUCAUUUCAACCGUCUCUUUUUAAUUUCUUUUGUAUACUGUGUAAAAAGAGGCAAGUUUUAUUUACAUUUACCAAAACCAUUGUUAGAGCCUAUUAAUAAUGUAAAAUGAAGAAGAAAAAGUGACCAACUGCUUUUGAAACAGAUUUAUUAUAAAUAAAUAUUUUGCCAAAUGGA